GAAACAUCUACCGCCGGACUUCCACGGUCAAACAGCGAAUACAAAAAAAGAACACAACGCGUAGCUGAUUUCUCCGAAGAACGCACUCUUAUUUUCGAAUCCCACGCAGCUACGCUCUCUGCUGCUUCCACUAUCCAGGAUGAGAGGUCUACAUCAAUCUCUUUGGCAGUUUGGCUAACCAUGUGGCUUCCCAGAUUGUCAUGAUCCCUCGUUCUCGUGGUUCGAAUCACUUCGCAAGCGUUCUUCUCGUUCACAAUUGUGCGAAAAAUGCACGUCGAGGCUGACAUACUGGCAAUCAUAAUGGCCCUGGAUUUGUAAGAGUGACUGGAUAUGGACUCCUUGGCGCGGUACAUGGCGGGCCGCUUGAUUGGAGGGAAGAAAUCCAACCGCCAGCCAAGAAGCACGCACUUGACACUUUCGCAGUUCGUUCACGAUGGUUGCGCAAAGAUACAGACUCUGCGUCGUUGCGAGGAUCGGUGCGGGCAUACUCGCAAGACGCACAUCUAUCCCCGUUGCAGAUCGAGGGCUUGACUUUAAAAGGACGGCGGGCAGAGGAGAGAGCUGCAUCUCAGCUCGGCCUCUUCACACCUAGCUCAAAAUGGGACUCAAAGCGUUCAUCGUCCUCGUCAACGUCGCCUUGGUGGCAGCGAAAGCCUCCAUCCUCAUCAGCCCGGAGGCGUUCCCCACACUCCCCACCGUGAAGCAGGCCGCGGCCGCAUCGAGUGCGGUGGGACUGAACUUGGACAACGUCCAAGGCGACAUCCUAGUUGGGAUGCGCAAGUCCAGCGAGACGUUCUACUUCUUCUCCGUCAACGACGGGAGCGCGUUCAAAAAGAGUUUCCGCAGCGGCGUCUUCCCGCUGAUCACGACGACGACGCAGCUGCUCAGUGUGUCGACACAGCCGACGACCGCGCUCAACGUCGCGUUCUCGCAGACAGGGCUCCUCGCGCUCAACAUCACCGACGACCUCGGCGACACGCCCUUCACAACAGGCCAACACGCAGACAUCUCAAACAUCGGCGACGCCAGCGACGCCAACUGGGUCCCCGCAUUUGCGGGCACCACGAUCCACGGUGUGUUCCUCUUUGCGUCCGACACACAGGCGAACAUCGACGCGGAGAUCGCCAACGUCGAGGGCAUCCUCGGCUCGUCCAUCACGAAGCUUCACGCAAUCCAGGGUGCAGCGCGACCGGGUGCAGAGGCAGGACACGAACACUUCGGCUACAUGGACGGAAUCUCGAACCCUGCGGUGAACGGCUUCGUCGCAUCGCCGUUCCCCGGGCAAGCCGUUGUCGACGCGGGUACGAUUCUUCUGGGAGAGAUCAACGACCCGGUCACGCGUCCCGAUUGGGCCCUUGACGGCUCGUUCCUCGUCUUCCGGCAGCUCGAGCAGCUGGUCCCCGAGUUCAACCAAUUCUUGGCCAACAACUCGAUCUCUGACUCGAGUCUGGCGCUCACGGAGCAGGAAGGCGCGGAUCUGUUCGGUGCGCGGUUGGUGGGGCGCUGGAAGAGCGGCGCUCCGAUCCAACUGAGCCCUCUGAGUGACGACCCGGUGCUCGGUGCGAAUGCGUCGCGCAACAACGACUUUGACUACACCGAGCUGCUCGGUGUCCUGAACACUACUGGCUGCCCGCACUCUGCCCAUCUGCGCAAGACACGGCCCCGGUCCGAUCUGGGAAGUCCGGAGGAUGCCGUGCACCACAUCAUGCGCGCCGGCAUUCCCUACGGACCCGAAAUGAACAACACCGAGAUCAGCCAGAACAAGACGAUGGCUGAGCGCGGAUUGGCCUUUGUGGCCUACCAAUCAGACAUCUCGAAAGGGUUCCAGUUCCUCCAACAGUUCUGGAUCAACAAUGCAAACUUCGUCGUGAGCGGAACGGGCGUUGAUCCCCUCAUCGGCACCGUCGGCGGUGGAUCACACGAUGUUCUCGGCCUCGAUCCGUUCACUCCUGCUGCAGUCGAGACAGUCCCCAUGGACUUUGUCGUCUCUCGCGGUGGAGAGUACUUCUUCAGCCCCUCGCUGAACGCUUUGAACAGCACCACAUUUGAAUAGUUGAUAUUCGUCUUUUCUGGGUUCCAAAGUUGCAAACAUAUAUACAUAUAUAUAUAUAUA